CACUUCAAUAAUCAAGAUGGCGGAACGAACGGAUGAGAUUUCGAACGACAAAUAUGCAUAUGCAAAUAAAGAUAUCAUAGUAUUUUUACAAUAUGCGGACCUGGAAAAAUACAAAGAUGUUUUUGAAACGUCCGGCUUGACAAAGGUCGAUCAUCUUAAAGAUGUCCAAGAGGGAGAUAUGUACAAAUUUGGUUUAACAGAGUUUGAAGUUCGUCGCUUUUUUCGAAGAAAACAAGAAUAUUUUAAUCAGCGUGCUGGUACUACAUCUAACGUUGAAGAUACUAUUCCAAGUACGAGCAACUCUGAAAAGGAGUCGCAGCGUUCCUUGAACCCAUUGAAGCCGUAUUUGUCACCUCCGCAAUGGAAAGUGCCAGCAUUGGGCUAUGUACCCAAUGCCACAACUGAACGAGCUUGUUUUAUGAACUCCUUAUUACCAGAUUUCUACAAUUCAAAAUUUAAGCACUGCAGAAAUGCCAAAGAUUUUUGCAUUCAGUUUCACUCCACUGGAAGGCAAAUGUAUCAGGUGAAACAGAGAAUUGAUAAUCUUGGCAAAAAUAUUGAUUCGGUAUUGAACACUAAAAACCCUGCUGCAGCAGGAACCCUACUUGAAGAAGAUUAUACUGUCAUACCAAGUGACAGUAUUAGAAUCAGGCAGAACAUCGAGAGAGUCCAGAAAAUUACAAAUCAAUUAGAACAGGUGCUUCAUGAAAUCAAAGAGAAAGAUGGGAAACUCUUUACUGUGUCUGGAAAAUUGAAGAGUGGUGAAGAUUGUUCUCACAAGGAAUUUGAGAAGUAUAUCGGCCAAGUCUAUCAUCUCAGAACCCAAGCUGGAAGUAUUGAAGGAAAACUUGAAUCUCUACAAGAAAAAUCAAAAGAGACCAUCAAGGAACACCUCUCUUUUUGUCUUGAUGACGAAGAUCAGGGAACAGAGAGCUUUAGUGACAGUAUAAACAGAAGAAAUAGUGAGGAUGUGUCAACAGAUGAUAGUGAUGGUGACAGUGAAGAUAUUGAUGGCUUUGAGGAAAACUAA